GAGCAUCUUGAUGGUGUGCCCCCGCUGGUGCCAAGGCUUUGUCUUUGUCCUAGGCAGCACUCCGCAAAAGUUUGCGCUAAAUUGUCUUUGUUCCUAGGCACAACUCCAACUGCAGCUCUCUCUGCUGCGCUCAUCUGACGUUCUUGCCUCUAAAUAUAGGGGGCGGCGCGGCUGGCAUGAUAUUCGUUUCUAACUGUUUCAUACCCGUGGAUCCGGCACCGGCGGCGCCAACAGCACGACUUCGUACGAGACCUUCGAGUGCAAGGACGGGCGGAAAUUUCAGAAGUCCCUACUCGACAGCAGCACCGUGCAGAUUAGCGACAGGAGACGGCUUGAAGACGAGGAAGCGGUACUUGUAGAGGAGGAGGGCGAGGAAGAGGAGGCGACAGACGAGACGGAUGAAGAUUCGGACUACGGACUGUCGCUGGACAUCAACACUGCUGCGAAACCGAACAAAGAAGGGCGCAGCGGGAACAGACCACGUGAACUAGCAGACAACCUGCUGUUUCAACAUCAAGAGCGUAUUGAUCAUACAACUAGGAGGUUAGUGCAACUACAAGAACACCACCACCUGGAAGAUACAGCAGCACGACGUCCGUCGGCGUUAACCUCCAUGACCAUCGUCUCUGCCGUCGAGACCGCACGACAGUUGAAGCGGAUGGAGGAAGAGGCUCGUCGCAGCGAGAAGACUACUUAUUUCUGGAACAGAGUCCACCUCUCGUCCGCGGGUACAUUCGUGGAAAACUCUUUUCACUCGCUGUUUUAUGUCGGGCGCGAACCGCGUAGUCGUCCCCAUGGGGAUUUUGGAGUAGGAGACGCGAAAGAUGUCGUAGUUGGGGGAGAGCAUGAGCAACCCGCAGGUCCUCUGCGGCAGCACGAGGCGCCUAAUCCGCAUGAUUCCUUCGACAGCACUGCGGAGACCAUGAGACUGGGGCGGCGGCUGCAGCUCCAAGACGAAGAAGGCGAGAUUGCUGAACCUGGGGAGGAAAUCAACACCUUUCAUCCCGAAGAUGCAGUUCCUGGAUCAACAUUCAAGCAGUUACUGAAAAAUAGCUUCAUGGGCGGUGGAAAUAAUCGGCUCCUUUCCAGCACCGCGUCCAGCGCAGAAUCUUCGAACACCGACACGCGGCCGGCCUGCAGCUCCGUGGAGCAGGCAAACCAGUCGCUGCUGUGCCUGCCCUAUUCCACGAGCGUAUCGCAGGAAAAAAGAUUGUAGGUGCAACUUUUUCGGAGGAACAGCAUGACAAAUCUGUCUGGAGAGCAAAAACCUGUCAUGCGCAGAUGGUACGUGAAAACGCGCUUAGGUGGAACUUUUAAUGCAUGCCCAGGAUGACAGCCGCAAUCACUUUGCAUGUUGCGCAUCACAAAGUUACACUAACAAUGUUUUUUUCUUGCGAUAGAAUGAGUACGAAAACUACUACGGUUUGUUCGGGACUUUUUGCUUCGAAAAGGAGCUCGCCGACAAUUCUACGACCAACUGUAUCCUGAGUAAAAACGUCCCCACACCAGAGUUGUCAUGCAAAUCUGCAUGCCAAAAAGGUUUGUCAUGCGGAGCGCCAUGAGAGGCAUUGUCUAGUCGUGUUUUGGAAUUUGUGAUGCUACAAUCAGCAUGAUAUACUAGAUCUGUGAUGCUGCUGAACUACCUAAACAGGAUUACACUACGAAGACGAACUUGUCAUGCCAAACGACCAAAGCUGGCUGAUUUGUCUAGCAGAUUUGCCAUCUUGACUCUGGUGUGGGUACGUUUUUACUCAGGAUAAACUGGUGCAUCUCCGUCGGUGGUAUCCUUCUGGCCAUUAUGAAAUGCAAAAAUGUCUGGGUCUGGAAGAGUGAGAGGUUUGUUGUGCACACACUGCAUGACCCCUGAUGCCUGUAAUGCAUGACCUAGCAUGACAGAUUUUUAUUCAUUGGGCUUCCUGAUUCGUAUUCCGCAUGAGAAAUGCCCUUCCCGGAUAGCGCAAAAUGGACUCCUCUUGCUGGUCAUGUUGCAAUACAGAACUUUUUAGAAUCCAAAGACAGCAUCACAAGUUUGCAUUCUUCCAGACCCAGACACUUUUGCAGUUCAUAGCCAUUCUGGUCGCAAACACGCUGCAGUUUUUUUACGAGAACCUUUUUCUCUACAUGUCGGUGCUGGACGAGUCGUACGAUUUCCAGGAGGCCUACCGCAAGUGCUUUUCCCAAUUCUUCGUCAUUUUCACGCACUCCAUCCUGUUCGUCACCAUGCUGGGGCCCUUUCAUAUGGAAGCGUCAGGUUUGAAAUCGUCAAAGUUGAAAUAAUUUGUAGCGCAUAAAAUGCAUGACCCGAGGCGCGUGUGUUGCAGAGCAGGCAAGUGAGGCCGAUUGUAGGCCCGUUUGGGGUUACAGCUCGAGCUGCUAAAGUAGCAUGAGAAAAUCGCUCUUCUUUGCCUAAACAGCAUGACAAACAGGACUUGGGGACCACCGAAGUUUGUCUUGCGCCACUUGGAAACUGGGUUCCAACCGGCAUCCAUUUUAUGCAUGACAAAUUAUUUCAAGAACUUUGUCGAUUUCAACUCUGACACAUCCAUAUUUCACCAGGCGUCACGGAUGGACAAGGUGGAGCAGAUCAUGGUUACGUUCGCACUGGUAUGCAUUGCAAAAGUAUCGUACUCGUAUAAAUGCAUUACAAAUGUCCUCAGCAUGAGAAAUGAUAUUUGUGAUGCGGAUUUACCUUAAGAAAGAGAUUUGUAAUGCAUGAUUGCCAUACGAGUGCUUUUGGUUUUGCACAGCAUAACUGGUCUUCUUCUUCGACCAGGUGAAGAAUCUGCUGAUUCAACCGGUGAUCUGGUAUUUGGUCAUUCGCCGGUGUGUAUGAAGUGCAAAUAUGUCUGGGUCUGGAAGGAUGGAACUUGUGAUGCGUCCUGUGGGUCACACAAAAAUCUGUGUUGCGUGAUCGCCAACAGUUGUCCUUUUAUAUUUGACCAACAUGAGCGGGAGUUUCUCAUGCAGGAUAGGCAUGGUAGAGACUUCGCAGAAUCUGUCAUGCUAGGUCCUGCAUUCCAGACCUCAUGAGGCAUGGAAAAUAUGCAUGACAAGUCUGCACUCUUCCAGACCCAGACACUUUUGCACUUGAUAGUGCGGCCGGGUGCAGCCCGGAAUCCAGGAGUACAACGAGGAGUAUCUGCUGCAGUGGGAGUGUGAAAAGGAAAAAUCCCCCCUCCCCAUAUCAAAAAGGAAAUCUGUGAUGCUGGAUUUGCGUACACAAAUCAGAUUCGUAUUGCAGGAAGGCAUUGCGACCAGAUCCCGAGGCUGGCGAGUGGCGUAUGGGUCUAGUUGUUCAGCAUUGCAAACGGCUGACCUUUAGGCCCAACAGCAUGACAAAUCGCUUCCAUAAUGGGGCGGAAGCUUCUACCUUUGUCUUCUUACAAGACAAAUGUGAUUUGUGACCUCAAAUCAGCAAUGCAAAUUUUCGGAAAGAUACUUUUUCGAUAUGGGGAGGGGGGAUUUUUCUUCUCAAUAGGGAGUUGCAGGAAUCGCUUCUAGACGAAAUGCAGCGCAGAACGCGGGAGUUUCUGGAAAAGCGCACGGUGCUGGUGUUUAUCAUCGGGUAUUGAGUAGAAGAUCUUAAGUCGUCGUUUUCGUACUCUCUUAUCCACCGAACCCUUUUGCUCUUUUCAAUUUCAUGCUGCUACCACAUCAAGAAUCACAAGGAGAUAAUUGUGCGCGUUCUCUUCAACAUCGAUAAAAGUUUCUGAAAUUUGUCAAGGACUUAACUACCUCAACAGUCUCGUCGGCUUCUACGCGUCGUUCCUCAUGCUGUCCAUCGUUAUCUCCGACUGCUGGAAGCUUUCGGACGAACCGAAUGAGUGCAAAACCUCCUCCUUGUGUCCGGGGCUGUCUGAACAGGGGCGAUUGUCGCUGUACUACGCCUUCACAUACCUGGACUUCUGCAUCAUGCUCCUCUUCGUGCUGGAGAUCGCGCUGAAGCUCUUCGGGUACGGAACCACUUUCAUCCUGGAUAUCAUGAGGAAAAACUCCCCCUCCCCAUAUCGAAACGGUAUGUCUCCGAAAAUUUGUGUUGCUGAUUUGUGGCCACAAAUCAGAUUUGUCUUGCAAGAAGACAAGCGCAGGGGCUUCCGUGCCAUUUGCGGAGGGAUUUGUCAUGCUGUUGGGCCUAGAGGGUAGCCGUUUGUAAUGCUAAACAACUAGACAAACGCCCCUACCUAGGCUGAGGAUCCGGCAGUGAUGCCGUACUGCAAGACAGCGCGCAUUUGUGUACGGAAUUCCAGCAUCAGAAACUUCGUCUCGAUAUGGGGAGGGGGGAUUUUUGCCUUUCAUCCUGGACCCCUGGAAUUUCUUCGACUCCGUCAUCGUGCUGGUCUCCUUCAUCUGUUGGUUCGUGUUUCUCGGGUCCACCGUUGGUACCACGGGGUUGGGUAUCCUGUGCAAAAGUAUCGCACUCGUAUUGUAAUCAUACAUGCAUUACAAAUCCUGCUCUUACGGCAAAUUAGCAGUACAAAUUUCAUUUCUCAUGCUGAGGAAAUUUGUAAUACAUUUAUACGAGUGCUUUCGCUUUGCAUUUCAUAUUGGGGCUGCUCCGGCUGCUCCGUCUGGUGCGCGUGAUGGUGAUGAUCUCCGAUUCGCGGCGGAAGCUGAAGAAAGUCACCAAAACGCUCGCGGACGGGGCGAAAUCGCACGUGGAGCGGGUGCUAGAGCUUUUGGAGAAGCUGCAGAACCUGAAGAUUCCGGCGCAGACGGGGCAGGACCUCGAAUGGAUUGUGGACAUGAUCCUGGAAAACAAGCUGUACAAGGUGUCCGUCGAUGAUCCGACGGAAGACGAGGGCAAAAGCAAAAACGACAGCGAAAAAAACGACGCCAGCAUGACGGCGUGGAUACAGCAAGUAAGUUGACUGCAUGUUUUUGGAGAUAGAAAUCGAUAUCGUGUGGUGGUCUCAACAGAAGAAGAUCCAAUCACGUCAUCCUCAGCAUCGUUUUUGUUUUGUCUGCUCAUGAUGAACGAAGGAGAAGAGCAUACAGUUGCCAAAUAAAAUCCGUAAACAAGCCAAAACUUUUUUCUUGCUUCAGCACGGGGUUCGUUUAUGAACAAGACACGAGAAUGAAUCCUAUCAUCUCCAACAGCUCGGUGACGGCACGGCGAAUUCGUCCGGGACGGCGACGGCCGCCGGCAUGGGCGGCAGCGGCGAGGACAACGUGCGGGGUAUUGCAAGGAAAAAUCCCCCCUCCCCAUAUUGAAAACAUGUCCUUCCGAAAAUUUGUGAUGCAGAUUUGUGACCACAAAUCCUGUCUGUCUUGCCAGAAGACAAAUCUAGACAGUCCGCCGCGAUAUGCAGGCGUUUUGUAAUGCUGCAAGGCCUACAGGGCAGACGUCUGCCAUGCUAGGUUCCUGCACCAAAAGGCACCCCCUCACGCUUGCGAUCUGCGUGCAGUGCUUUCCUGCAAGACAAGUGUGAUUUGUGUACACAGAUCCCGCAUCACAGAUUUCUCUUUUGAUAUGGGGAGGGGGGAUUUUUCAUUUUGAUACGGGGCACCUACGUGGCGCAGUCGCAGGUCCGCGGGUCUUAUCAAAUGUAAAAAUGUCUGGGUCUGGAAGAAUGCGCGACUUGUCAUGCAGCUUUUCCCUGACCCAUGAGGUCUGGAAUGCAGGACCUAGCAUGGCAGAUUCUGUGCGAUCUCUCUCAUGCCUAUCCUGCAUGAGAAACUCCCUCCCGACUUGGUCAAAACUGGACGACUUUUGGUAAUCAUGCAACACAGAUUUUUGCAUGCUUCAGAUUUAGCAUGACAAGUUGCAUUCUUCCAGACCCAGACAUUUUUCCAGUUGAUAGGUCUUUUGCCAACCGCGGUUCCGUGGUCAAUCGGGG